CUGACAUUUAUUUGGCCAAAAUUUCGUACGCCGUUCUUCUACCUACUGUACGUACGGAUAAAGCGAAGACGUUACAAGAUGAGUAACCGCCGCCCUAACUCCAACCAGGAUGGGGACCGCCCACAAGGCCCUAGUCCGAAAAAGCAACGAUCCAUUGGAUCUGGAGGCCCUGUGACAUCCGGGCCUCCUCAAACUGUCUUUGGGCAAUCCGCCCCCACAACCGACGCAAACGCAAACAUUCUCGCCUUGCUACACGGCUUGGAUCCGAAUGCACGAGAAGCCGUACAAAGGGUGCUGGCAUUGCCUGAAACACAACUCAACGCAUUAAGGUCGCAUUUUGGAACACGCGGUGAGACUGGGAUAAACGAUGGUGGUCCAGCGCACGGCGAUAGGGAAAUACCCGAUCGCCUGGAUGUGCCAGCACCUCCCAUAGAGGUGUUCUCACAGGAUGCGCCACUCAGAAGCAGCUUCGAAGAUUCUAUCGCUCAGAGCGCACUAAAUGCCCUUCCUAUCGUUUCCAACCUCCCGCCGCAAGCUGCUGAAUCCCGUCGCUCCAUUCUUCACGCUCUGUGGAACUACUUGGAACAUCUGCACAACAAUCCGACCGAGACGAGAUCUUUUGACGUACCCGAUCGCCUCAACAGCGACCCUUUUUCUGUGCAUAGAAGCAUCGUUUUUCACACGAGACGGAACUUUGGCCAUGCUGAAGCGCGACGGAUGAUCGCAGAUACCCAAGGGGCGAUGCGAAGGCACAACCCGAGCUGCGAAAUGUGCCAGCAUAGCGCGGCGGCUUGCAUCUAUUUCACUCUGCUGGAUUGUCACCCACAACUACAGCUAUACAACGCCAGCGUCUUCCAGCAGGCCCUGGCAGAUCUCCCAUACGAUGUGCAUCAGGAAGAGGCGGUCACUGCGGAUCCGGACAGCCCCUUGCUGAUCAACGCAGGACCUGGUACGGGAAAGACAGCUACUCUUGUUGGGCGGGUCCGUUAUCUCUUGGGACACGGUACCCCGGCGCACAAGCUGAUCAUCAUCACAUUCACAAGAAACGCCGCGGAAACGCUGGUCGAGCGAUGCAACACCUUGAAUGAUGGGGUCGUGAAGUGUUCUUUUCCUUUUGCUCGCACGAUCGACUCCUUGGCACGUCUGUUCUGCGAGCUCUUUGUGCGAAGCGGGUCCCCACAAUUGCUCUCCGACACCGAAUAUGCGGACUUGGUUGCUUCCAAAAUGUUGGGCGACGAUGCUCAUGAGCAGGAAAGUAAAAGAUUCCUUUCGGCAUUACAGACCUAUUAUCGCACGACCUAUUGCGACCCGGAGCUGCAACCGAGACUAGCGGAGUUAAGUCAGAUUCACCACACUCUGUGGGAAGAAGGGUAUUGCAGCCACAGAGUUCGGCUGAUAUCGGCCGUCAAGAAAUUGGAAAGCUCUCCAAUUCUUGCCGAACACUUCAGACUUCGAUACUACUUCCUGGUCGAUGAGUACCAAGACGUCGAUCUAUGGCAAGAAGCGUUUAUUAUACGAUUAGCGCUCGGUCAAUACGCUUUCCAAGCCCCGGCGGACGUUCCAGAGCCUUGGCGAAGAAUCACCGUAGUCGGAGAUGACGAUCAAAGCAUCUAUCUCUUCAGGGGCGCUGAACCUGAGAUUCUUCAUCGAUUCCGGAGCCAUUUUCCGCAGGGGAGGCGGGAGGUGACGUUGACGUCCAAUUAUCGGACGCUGCAGCGUAUCAUUGAUUUCAAUGCAGGUGUGGCGGGACUUUUGAGUGCAAGGCUGAAACCACCGGACACACGGUUUAUAUCGCAAGUGCCGAGUGGUGUGAGGAGAUUCUCUUGCGACGUCAUUGGGAUGUGUAUGGAGACUACGCUUGAUGAGGCUGUGAAUCAUACGGCGCUGACCAUCUCGAGGCUCGUAGUCGGCGAAGCAGUCGAUCCCUCAACCAUUGGCAUUUUCGCCUACCGGAAUGAUGAAACUGCCCGCAUUUCGCAAAUCAUCACGGAGGAGAAGGCUUUUGAUCCGAGCGCCAUUCUCAUAUCCACCAUUCACGGCGCUAAAGGCCUAGAACGCGAGCACGUCUUUGUCAUUCUCGCCAUCAGGAAGGGAAAAGUCUGCGCGGACGAUGAGGAACGAAGGCGUGUCUACGUAGCAUUAACCCGAGCCAAAUUCACACUGCACGUGGUUCUCUAUGGACAGUGCGGGGUCGGUUGGACGGACUUGAUGUCGGGAUUCUGUGGAAGCACAUAUGGAUUUUACGAGCCGAGAUGCAUAGUACAUAACGUGGAAGAGGAAGAGGAGCACAAUAGCGAUACAGACACCGGUGUUGUGGAUCCCUCAGUUCGACGGCGGGAGAUCAUCAGUCAGGAUUCAGACAGGACCACUUUGGGUGUGCCGUCCCAACAAUCUUCUUUUCCACCGUCAAUGCCGUCCCACCCAGGGCUUUCAUCAGGCCAGGAGGCCUUCUCUUCGUACUCACCAACCCCGCAAGCUCCCGCCAUUCUCUCGGUUUCAUGGGAUACGGGCAUACCUCUCCCGACACCUACGCAUUUCCUCUCGGCAACGAAGCUGUCAAGCUACUUCGUUAUGCAUUGCCCGCGGUUACUACACCGAAUGGCACUACCUCGGGGCGCCGGGGCGCCGGACACCAAUACGGAAGACUCGGCGUUGUCCAAACUUCUGAUGCAGAGUGGCGAUGCAUGGGAAGCACGGAUCGUCAAUAGCCUCGGGUCAUCAGGCAAGCUUGCCUCCAGCCAACAACGGAUAUCCUCGGACACCGAACUCGUAACGUUAUUGAAAAACGUCCCCGAUGGCCAUUAUGUGUAUGAGCCAACCAUCAAGGUCUCUCCUGAAGUAAAUCUCGCCAUCGGUCUGCUAUGGCCAGAUUCUGCUGUUCACCCGAGCAUCAAUGUGAUCAAGCCGGAUUUCUUGCUUGUUAAUCGGUAUGAAGCGAAAGUCAUUGUUCAAAUUAUUGAUGCCAAGUUUAGCACAAGCACGAAAUCAUAUCAGAGGAUACAAGUGGCGAUUUAUGCGCUGAUUCUGGAGACACUCUUUGCGAGAGCCCAUGUUUCCAAUAUCGCUAUUCACCAUCAGGGCGUCAUCUGGCUUCCAGGAGCUCAGGAUAGGGAGGCAAUCCCUCCCCAACCCGCACCGCCGGAGGUUAUGGGUGAACGAAAGCCUUUCGAACUCCGUGGUGUCAUCGCGGGUCUUCAGGCGUUCCUACAGAACAAGUUACCUUACAUACUCUCGAAUCGAGGAGAACAAGAUUUCCACAUCGCGCUGGAGUGUCGAAAAUGUGCUCAUCUACAGGGAUGCAUGAGCGAAGCGGCAGCGAAAAACGACGUUUCCUUGGUUCCGGCUAUAGGCCGCGAACAGAAGAGCAGACUCGCUGCAGAAGGGAUUCGUGAUAUUGAAUCGUUGUGCACCGGAAAAGGCAACCAUAUACUUGACAACGCAGACAUCAGGGCUCGCUCCGUGCAGUUAAGACGACCAGUGCUUUUGGGACGCCCGUCUCUCCGUGUCCCGAAAUCCGAAAGCCAAACGCUCAUUUUGACUUUACGACAAGACCCGCUGACACGGAAAGUUUGCAUGUUCGGAUUUGUGCAUUACAUCGACAAUGUAAAGCAGAUUCAGCGAGGAUAUGUCGAAGACACCACCGCAAAUGUACAGAGCUUUAUAGGACGCGUCGGGCAUAUCAUGCUGGGUACCUCUCAAAACAAGAAUAGCUUGCAAAUCUGGGUGGGAGAGCGGAGCGAACUCAGGAUAUUGGGGGACCUCCUCAUCUCCGUUCUGUCAGAACCGAAUCUGGAUCGGAACGUCCGGAAAGCGACAGAGGCAGUCUUACGAGGUUCUAUAGUCAAUGCUGCAGUUGCCGCGUCGCUAGAUCGGCACUCUGAUCCUACUCUGGCGCCCUGCGCAUUAAGCAUCGUAAGCGAGGUGCAGGCUGUCAUUGCACUGCCUAUUGCUUCCACCACUGUUCGACAACUUGCCAGAAUCUUUGAACGGCCGGCUCAGGAUGACUGGUCAUCUACUGCUGCAAUCUUCGCUGAUGGCGAUGAGGACGACAUUUUUUUGGAACUACACAGGGCCCGUGCUCAUUUGCUAUUGAAAGAUCCCGACUUUCUGGAUUUGAUGAAGGCGAAGAUCCAACGCCAACUGGAUGAUUCGCGCAUGGUUCUGCUAAGGUUCCGGGAAUGGACUGCAGGUUGGCUGAAGUGCGAACCUCGUCCUUUCAAAUUCGCGGAAAAGCUUCGAAUCAAGAAUCCUAUUUUGUCUCAGCUCGCUUACUUGCGACUUGUGGAAGCCGUGGAUGCUUGCGAACAGCUGGCCUUCGACAGAAUUGCCGAUCCGGUCCCGAUGAUCAUUGUACCAAUUGAAAGCAUUAAGGACACAAGAGUCUUUAAGUUUAAAAGCGCCGGAGACGUCGCCCACGAGCGAAUCUCACACGAGACCGCCAAUAUUUUUAACCAGUAUCUCAUAUGCCGAGAGGACGCCAGAAAUGAGAUGGGGAAAAUCCGGGAUCUCGAAAUUCUGGAACUAGUAAGUCCUGCGCAGUUCAACAUGGCACACCGGCAUUCGCCGGUGCGAGCUGCGAUGGUCCAGCUUUCAGACAACACAGAUGGCUCGCUCCUCAUCGACUUCGCAACGAACGUCGGCGACUUCAUUCGAUGUGAUAACGUUUCCCGGUAUGUUGCUUUCCCGCGAUACAUGAACGCAACGCUCCGGAAGGGGAUUUCGCACUUGAAGACUGUGGACGAGCAGUUCAACAAAUUGACCCAGAUUGGAAGGAACCCGGUCGAGCCGCUGGUUUGUAAACUGAUCAAAGGGGAAGCUAUCGUUUCACGCCCCGCCGAUUUCAAUCGUUGGUGGCCGCUGGAUGCCGACAAUAGCUUGCAUACAGGGGACGCGAAGCGAUUUCCUCUCUCCCCGCACCACCGCUCCAUCAUUCAAGCAAUCGAAAACAACCCCGUACAACUCAUAGUCGGCCCUCCCGGCACUGGCAAAAGCUUCUUUCUUGCUGCACUGUUGCUUGCUCGUCUACAUACUGCCCGCACCGGUAAUCACUCUCGCAACCAGAUUCUGCUCCUCACCGCUUGGACACACAGCGCUGUCGAUACCGUCAUUGAAAAAAUGAUGGAGCAUACCACGAGCUAUAUAGACCGCAAACAAAUCGUGCGGUUGUCGGACAAGCCGAAUCCGGACAACCCGCAUAUCACGUACACAUCGCCAAAAUCCUCUCAUUUGCAAAAUGUAAUCAAGGACUUGAAACAUGUUGUCAUCUGUGGAACUAUUUGGCAACUAGCAAAAGUCAAAGAAGUCUUGCCCUCCGUCACUCAAGCCGACCGCAUGCUUUGCAUUGAGGAAUGCUCUCUGAUGCCUAUCAUUGAGACAUCCGUCGCUCUGUCGCUCAUGGUUCCCAACCCACCUAGAGGAUCAAUUGUUAUGAUCGGGGAUCACCUUCAAAUCGGCACGCUGAAUAAGGGACAGGGAGGACCUGACGAUGAGAGGAAUGAUUUGAAUGACUCGCUUUUCAAUCGGUUGGUCAACGCCAAUCAACCCCGGCCAGUGAGUCUGGUGGCCACUUGGCGAUUGAAUAAGGUUGCAGCGAGUAUUUUGCGGCGGUUCGUCGGCUACAACGGGUAUGCUCCAGCCAAUUUGGAAGUCGGCCGACAAAAUCUCGGGCAACUCCUCGACACGGUGCAAGCGCGCGCUGAGGUUGCGAACUACGCGCUGUCAAAACUCUUACACUCGGUCUUUGAUCCUGCAAAACCGAUUGUCCUCAUUGUUCUGAGGGAUAGUGAAAAAAGCGGAAUACUACCGCAUAUAGAAAUAAUGCUAGCAACCUAUUUGACGGAACAGCUUCAUAUGUUCACACGUUCAGGCGAUCGUCCGCUUGACAUCCUGCACAUGGUAACCCACCAUCGGAAGCGGAUCCUUUUACAACUCGCCCUAUCGCAGUACUGCAACUUCCCACACCAACCAGUUGUUACGAUUCACAAAAGCCAAGGAAAGGAAUCAGAUGUCGGCAUAAUUCUAUACGCAACCGCCAGCGAGUACGACACGACGGCUGAGGCGCAAUAUCUAUACGACCGGACGUUGAUGAACGUCGCGCUUAGUCGGGCAAGGCGAAAGACGGUGAUGAUCGUGUCCGAUUCGCUGUUACAAUGUUUGACGGUAGUGGGCAACGACAACGCCAUAGAAGGCUUUCAGCUGCUACAUGGUCUGUCACGAGAGACGCAGAUGCGGCGUACGCACGUCGAAGUCGAAUCGAAAGUGCUGGAAGAGCUAUUUGCCAAUGGCCUCCCGUAACUUUUUACACAGCCACAUAUACCCCAGUAACAGUAUUUCUUUGAGACAUCUAAUGAAGGAGUUUCUGCCUAACAGCAGCACAUUAAGCUUGCUCAGGCAGAAGUGUCGGUAAAAUUCUAUACGCAACCGCCAGCG